AUGGCGGAGAUGAAACUCUCGGGAAUCGGUCAGGAUCUUGAUGUAGAAACGAUCGACUCCCGAAUGCUUUGCAAAGUAUGCACACUGCGAUUCAACGAUGGCGAUCGAGCUAUGAGCGUCCUUCCAUGCCGACAUGCCUUCCGCGCUUAUUGUCUAGAACGACUCGACACUAUGAACUGCCCAGUCUGCCGAGGUGUCUUCACGAAGGAGCAGAUCCAAAAAAUCAUCUGGAGCUAA